CUGAAUGCACCGCCUGUCAAGCUUCCUUUGAUCUUCCUCUUUCUGUGGAACUGUUUCCGGUGUCAGCCAGCAGAGUGUAAACAGUCCGAUGUCACUAGUUUCACUAGUUUUUCUAGUUUUAGUUAGUACUUACUUAGUACUUCGGAUUCACAGUUUGAAUUAAACUUUAUUGAAACUCUCUGACACAACAACAGCAGCAGCCUCGAGAUGAACGCGCUGCUGGGGCGGAGCUCCCUACGGAGGCUCGCGCUCGGGACAUGGAGAGGUUUCCACGUGACGACGCCAGCGGCGACCUUUGACCUGAGGAGAGUUGAGUUGACUCCUCUGGAGCAGCGGAAACUCACCUUCGACUCCCACACCAUGGUGACGGAGCUGGAGGGCAGCGGUUUUGAAAAGCGCCAGGCGGAGCUGAUCGUCUCCGCCCUCGUUACCUUGGCGACGGCCAACAUGGACAUUGUUUAUAAAGACAUGGUGACCAAGUCCCAUCAGGAGAUUGCGCUGCAGCAGAUCAUGGCUCACCUGGACGCCAUCAGGAAGGACAUGGUGAUCCUGGAGAAGAGCGACUUCGCCAACCUGCGCUCUGAAAACGCUAAAAUGAAGCAAGAGUUGGAGCAGCUGCAGAUCCGACUGAAGGAGGAGAGUCAGAAAGUGCGAGCAGAAACCAGACUGGACAUCAACCUGGAGCGCAGCCGCAUCUCGGACGUGUUUACAGAACAGGAGAAGAAGCUGAUGGAGGCGAGCACCGAGUUUCACCACAAGAAAGCCGACCUGGAAAACGACAACAUGGAGAUCAACAGGAAGAUCGACCUACAGGUGGCGUCGCUCAAAACGGUCCUCGAGUCUCUGAAGCUGGAGACGAUCCGAUACCUCGCAGCGACGGUGUUUUCGUGCCUGGCCAUCGCUCUGGGCGUCUACCGGCUCUGGAGGUGAACGUCUCCCUACGCCGCACAAAGUAGUUCCAGUGAAAACUCGACACCGAGAUCCGUUUUGGAAAAUGUCACGAAGCUGCAAAAUGUCACAAAUUACAAUUACUCACGUCGCUGUAAUUGAGUAGUUUUUAAAAUCUGUACUUUUACUUUAGUAUUUUUUGUCUGAAUUGUUGUACUUUGAUACAUUUGAAAUCACAUCGUUACAGAGUAAAAUAAGUCAAUAAAAUGUUAAACUCCAAUGGAAA